ACAAGCAUAUGGAUCGUAAUAGGGGAAGUCCUCCUUCCUGUAUAAAGAGGCAGACACUGACACAAAAAAGUAAAUUGGUCAAGCAGAACAAACCAAAUAUGGUAUUCAUUGGCUGUUUCAAUGUGGCCAUGCUUGCUCUCUUUGUUGUUAGCUCAGUCACACUUACUUUCGCAAAUGGAGCUGAAGUUUCAACUUCUCUUGACAUUGGUAACCUAAGUCGGAGUAGUUUUCCACAUGGCUUCAUCUUUGGGGCGGGAUCGUCAUCUUAUCAAUUUGAAGGUGCAGUAAAGGAAGGUGGUAGAGGACCAAGUAUCUGGGACACCUUCACUCAUCAACAUCCAGAAAAAAUAAGGGAUGGAAGCAAUGCAGACGUGACUGUUGACCAAUACCAUCGCUAUAAGGAAGAUGUUGGGAUUAUGAAGGAUCAGAAUAUGGAUUCGUAUAGAUUCUCAAUCUCUUGGUCAAGAAUACUCCCAAAGGGAAAGUUGAGUGGAGGCAUAAAUCGUGAAGGAAUCAAAUAUUACAACAACCUCAUCAACGAACUAUUGGCUAAUGGUAUAAAACCGUUCGUAACUCUUUUUCAUUGGGAUCUUCCCCAAGUCUUAGAAGACGAGUAUGGUGGUUUCUUAAGCUCUCGCAUAAUAAAUGAUUUUCGAGACUAUGCUGAUCUUUGCUUCAAGGAAUUUGGAGAUAGAGUGAAGUACUGGGUUACUUUUAACGAACCAUGGUUGUUUAGCAAUGGUGGAUAUGCAAUGGGAACAACAGCACCAGGUCGAUGUUCAGGUCGGACAUGUUCGAGUGGUAAUUCUGGCACAGAACCUUAUAUAGUUACACAUAAUCAAAUCCUUGCUCAUGCAGAAGCUGUACAUGUGUAUAAGAUCAAGUAUCAGGCAUAUCAAAAGGGCAAGAUAGGCAUAACAUUGGUAACAAACUGGUUCAUACCACUUGGAAACAAUAGCAUACCCGAUCAAAAGGCUGCCAAGAGAUCACUUGAUUUCCAAUUUGGAUGGUUUAUGGAACCUCUAACAACGGGAGAUUAUUCUGAAAGCAUGAGAGCCAUAGUGAAAAACCGAUUACCUAAGUUCACAAAAUUGCAAUCAAAGCUAGUGAAUGGUUCAUUUGAUUUUAUUGGUAUAAACUAUUACUCUUCUAGCUAUAUUAACCAUUUACCUCCACAAGGCAAUGCCCCUCCAAGUUACUUAACAGAUCCUAUGACUAAUACUUCGUUUGAACAAAAUGGAAGACCUCUAGGUCCAAGGGCUGCUUCAUUUUGGAUAUAUGUUUAUCCAAGAGGACUUCGAGAUCUUUUGUUAUACACCAAGAAGAAAUACAACAAUCCUGUGGUCUACAUUACUGAAAAUGGUAUGAAUGAAUUCAACGAUGCAACACUUUCUGUAGAAGAAGCACUUUUGGAUACUUACAGAAUUGAUUACUAUUACCGUCAUUUCUUCUAUAUUCGUUCCGCCAUCAAGGCCGGCUCGAAUGUAAAGGGAUUUUUCGCAUGGUCAUUUUUGGACUGUAAUGAAUGGUUUGCAGGCUUUACUGUUCGUUUUGGAUUAAACUUUGUAGAUUACAAUGAUGGAUUGAAAAGGUACCCAAAGCUUUCUGCUCAAUGGUACAAGAACUUUCUCAAAAGAAACUAGUCCUAUUUGUUUCAAGCUGGUGCAAAUCCAAAUUUAGCACCUAAAUAAAACUGGUUAUUCUUAACAGCUUGUAGAAAUAGAAAUAAGUGCCUUGUGUUAGAUAAUAAAGUAUCGGGCUAUGUUAUUGGGCCUGUUAGUCUAGAGUCCAUUAAGUUUUAUAUAUAUCCUUUUGCAAUGUUAAGCUGUUGAUAUUUUAUGAAACCCUAACCGACUUUCUUGUUUCUA